UGCGCGCGGGGUGGCGCGCGGUCACGCGCCGCAGGCUGCUUCCGGUGCGCCGCGAGGUCCGCGGGGACGGGUCUCCCUGGCGAUCCGUCUGUGUGCUGGUGCCGCGCCUGCUGCUGCGGGUGUCACCAGCCGAGCGCUGUCGCGGCGACGCUCGCGCCCCUGCUCUUCCUCGGGCACCCCGGGGCUUGAUCCCCGGGGUGGGUCCUCGCGGUCGUCGGUGGGGAUCCUGCCGGGCUAAACUGUGCUCCUGCGCUCGUCUUUCACGACCCCACGGAGCGACCCCAAGAGAGGACGAGGGGGACUCUCGCGACUCCGCGCAGUGCGUCGCCGGCAGGGCCGCGGGGCCGGGGCUUCUCCAGCCCCCGGGAUGCGCGCGCGAUCCCCUGCCUCCACUUCCUUGUCGCCGGUGUCACGACUGGAGCCGCCUCUCGGCGACAGUGGGGAGCGCCAGCGUGCGGGCCAGCCCUCUCGUCGCGCCCGUGGGCCCGGCGCCCCCGGGGAUGUGAGCCGCGCGCCUGCCACGCUCCUCGGGUCAUGGAUGCAUCAUAUGAUGGUACUGAGGUAACUGUUGUGAUGGAGGAAAUUAAGGAAGUCUACUGUUAUACUUCUCCUGGACCACCCAAGAAGAAGAAAAAGUAUAAAAUACAUGGAGAAAAGGCCAAGAAACCCAGGUCUGCUUACCUUUUAUACUACUACGACAUCUACCUGAAAGUGCAGCAGGAGCUUCCCCACCUCCCGCAGUCUGAGAUCAAUAAGAAGAUUAGUGAGAGUUGGAGGCUUCUCAGUGUGGCCGAGAGGAGUUACUACUUGGAGAAAGCCAAACUAGAAAAAGAAGGUUUGGAUCCUAACACUAAGCUCUCUACAGUGACUGCUGUGGUUCCAGACAUCCCAGGUUUCCGCAAGAUCCUUCCCCGCUCAGAAUACAUCAUCAUCCCUAAGAGUAGCCUCCAGGAGGAUCAAAGCUGCUCUCAACUGGAGCUGUGUGUAGCUCAGAACCAGAUGUCCCCUAAAGGACCUUCUGUUGUAACUGCCCCCGAGACAGUGCCCAGCCAUGUGGGCCUAGCAGAGCAGUGCCUGGCUGAGGAGACUCUGGCGGAGGAGGUGGGAGCCCUUGCUCAACCAGGUGCUGUUCAGGAGAUUACUACUUCAGAGAUCCUCACCCAGGAUGUACUCCUGGAGGAGGCUUCCUUGGAGGUCGGGGAGAGCCACCAGCCUUACCAGACAAACCUGGUAAUUGAAGAGACCUUACUGAAUAGCACCUCAGAACUUCCCACUGGAAACCUGGCUGUGCCCCGCACCCAGGCUGGGGAGAGUGUGUCGGUGGUGACAGUCAUGAGGGAUUCCAGUGAAGGUAGCUCCUCUUCACCAGCCACACAGUUCAUCAUGUUGCCUGUGCCUACUUACUCAGUUGUGGAAAAUCCCUCUCCCAUCAAACUGACGACUACCUAUACCCGCCGGGGCCAUGGAACUUGCACCAGUCCAGGUUGUUCCUUUACAUAUGUCACCAGGCAUAAACCACCUAAGUGCCCAGCCUGUGGUAAUUUCCUAGGCGGAAAGUGGAUCCCAAAGGAAAAACCAGCCAGAGUCAAAGUGGAAUUGGCCUCAGGUGUCUCCUCUAAGGGGUCUGUGAUUAAAAAAAAUCAGCUGCCUGAGCAAAGUUCCUCUAAGGAAAAUGCCUGCAGACUAACUCUGGAGAAUUCAGAAGCUGUAAGCCAGCUCUUAAAUGUAGUUCCUCCAAGAGAAGUAGGUGAGGAGAAUGAAUGGGAGGAAGUGAUCAUCUCCGAUGCCCAUAUUUUGGUUAAGGAAACGCCUGAGAUCUGUGGUGCAACAGUGGCUAAGACGCCAGUCAUCAAGCCUGAAGUCACUCUGGCGACAAAUGAGAACGAGAGUUCUGGACUAGAAAUCCCACCAUUGCCGGCUGAGGGGACCAGCACCUCCACCCAAGUCGUGGUUUCUAAAAAGCCUACAGGAGACCUACUCAACACUGGGCCCAGGACCCCAGAGCUUAAAGGCAGAGCACGGGGCAAACCCUCAUUACUGGCUGCAGCAAGACCCAUGAGAGCGAUUCUGCCUGCCCCAGCUAACGUGGGGCGAGGCAGCAGCCUGGGCCUGCCCAGGGCCAGGCAGACCUUUUCCUUGAGUGAUAAGACCUCCUCUGUCAGGACUUGUGGCCUGAAGCCAAGCACACUGAAGCAGCUGGGUCAGCCUGUACAGCAGCCUCCUAGCACCAGUGAGGUGAAGCUACCAAGUGGCCCAAGCAACAGGACAUCUCAAGUGAAGGUUGUAGAGGUCAAGCCUGAUAUGUUUCCUCCAUAUAAGUACAGCUGCACUGUCACCCUGGAUUUAGGAUUGGCUACAUCAAGAGGCAGGGGAAAGUGCAAGAAUCCCUCUUGUAGCUAUGUCUACACCAACCGGCACAAACCUCGGGUUUGUCCCAGCUGUGGAUUUAACCUUGCCAAAGACCGGACUGAGAAAACCACCAAGGCUAUUCAGGAAGUGAGUUCUCCACUUCCAGAUGGGCUGAGUGCCACAGAGCCCCUGAGUGUGGCCCAGAGGGAAAUUCAGCGCCAGUCCACACUGCAGCUGCUACGCAAAGCCCUGCAGAUUCCUGAGAAUGAGUCUGAACUCGCCGAGGUGUUCACCUUGAUUCAUGAACUUAAUAGCUCUCGACUUAUCCUGUCCAACGUGAGUGAGGAAACAGUCACCAUCGAGCAAACCUCUUGGUCAAAUUAUUAUGAGUCCCCAUCCACGCAGUGCCUUCUCUGCAGCAGCCCAUUAUUCAAAGGGGGACACAACUCCGUGGCGGGGCCCCAGGAGUGCUGGCUGCUGACAGCCAACCGGCUGCAGGUGGUGACAGCUCAGGUGAAGAUGUGUCUGAACCCCCAUUGUCUGGCCCUGCACAGUUUCAUGGACAUCUACACAGGUCUUUUUAAUGUGGGGAACAAGCUGCUAGUAAGCCUGGACUUGCUUUUUGCAAUCCGAAACCAGAUCAAGCUGGGGGAGGACCCCAGGGUAUCCGUCAGUGUUGUGCUGAAGUCAGUGCAGGAGCAAACAGAGAAGACUCUUACUCCAGGGGAGCUGAGCCAGCUUCAGGAGUUGUUGUGCAAUGGCUAUUGGGCUUUUGAGUGCCUCACUGUCCGCGAUUACAAUGACAUGAUUUGUGGCAUCUGUGGUGUGGCCCCCAAAGUGGAAAUGGCCCAGAGGAGUGAAGAGAAUGUGCUAGCACUGAAGAGUGUGGAGUUCACCUGGCCUGAAUUCCUGGGCUCCAGUGAGGUGAAUGUGGAGGACUUUUGGGCCACGAUGGAGACGGAGGUUAUUGAGCAAGUGGCAUUCCCUGCCAGCAUCCCUAUCACUAAAUUUGAUGCCUCUGUCAUUGCCCCCUUCUUCCCUCCACUCAUGAGAGGAGCUGUGGUCGUCAACACAGAGAAAGACAAAAACCUGGAUGCACAGCCAGUACCUGGCAACGGCAGUGCCUUGGUGCGGCUGCUCCAGGAAGGCACCUGCCGUCUUGAGAAGAUAGGCUCCUACAGUGAGGAGGAGCUGCGGUACCUGCUGGGGCAGUGCAGCAUCCCUUUCACAGCAGGAGACUGCAGGGACCAGCUCUGUUUCUCUUUAUUGGCCCUCUAUGAAUCUGUACAGAAUGGAGCGCGAGCUAGACAGACCCCACCACAUCUUACAGGGGGUAAAAUCUACAAAGUGUGCCCCCAUCAGGUGGUCUGCGGCUCCAAGUAUCUUGUUCGUGGUGAGAGUGCCCGUGACCAUGUGGACCUGCUUGCCUCUUCACGCCACUGGCCACCUGUCUACGUGGUAGACAUGGCUACACCCGUGGCCUUGUGUGCUGAUCUCUGCUACCCAGAGCUGACCAGCCAAAUGUGGGGGAAGAACCAGGGCUGCUUCUCUAGCCCUACAGAGCCACCGGUGACUGUGUCCUGCCCUGAGCUCUUGGACCAGCAUAAUUCUGUGGAUGUGACAGAGGCUGAACACUCUGUCCAGCACCCUGUCACCAAGAGUGCUGUGCGGCGCAUUGUCCAUGCAGGCACGCAGCCAAGUCCUGGUGACCCCAGUGCUGGGCACCACUCCUUAUCCCUGUGCCCCGAGUUGGCACCCUACAUGUCUAUCCUAGCCUCCAUUACGGACAGCAAAUCAGACAGUGUCCGCCGGCGUCCCAUUGCCUUUGACAAUGCCACUCACUAUUACCUCUACAACCGCCUCAUGGACUUCCUCACCAGCCGUGAGAUUGUCAACAGACAGAUCCAUGAUAUUGUGCAGAACUGCCAGCCUGGUGAAGUGGUCAUUCGUGACACCCUCUACCGCCUUGGGGUUGCUCAGAUCAAGACAGAACCUGAGGAAGAGGGAGAGCAAGAGGAGGCGGCCACAGCGGCAGAAUAAGCUAGGGUGUUGUACAGGGACUGCAUCAUCUCUCAAGCCAUAGCACAGCCUUUGCCCAGGGCAGGCUUUGCCCUGCAGAGGCAGGGUCUCUGACUGCUGGGACUGACCAAAGAGCUUCCAUUUCCUAAGCACACCGGGGUCCAGAGACCAUGCUUCUCUGUCCUUGGGGGCUCAGGAGAAGGGUCAGGAAACCGUCUACUGGCCCUGAGAGAGCACUUGUGAGGUAAUAUGCUUAUGGGAGGGGAGGGAGGCUGAAGGAAAGGCUGGUAGCCAGCUCUCUGGGGCCUGAUGGAGGUGGGGUGGAGGUCUUUGGGUGGCUGAGGCAAAAGUCCGUGCUAGGUGACUUAUCUCUUCUACAUGGGGAAACCUGGUCCAGAUCUAGAGCCACAUGGACUUCUUGGCCCAUUGCCUCUGACCCAGGGCCUGGGUGGCCUCAUUCCUACUCAGCAUCCUUUUGGGCUCUUGAUUCUUCCCAAAGGAAGGAUGCAUUUUUCUCCAGCUCUUCCUGUACCACAUUUGUGGGAAACAGGAGGGAGGAACAGUCAGCCACAGCUUUUUUCCAGGACUGUCCUCUUCCUUGAGCUUUGGGGAAGAUAGUCCCCUUCCUCCUUUCCCUGGCCACUGCUGCUGCACCCGACAUCCUCUCUGGGCCCUGGGAUCCUCACCAGAGGGGAUGUGGCCUGUGGUCCUGUGACAUAACCUGGCAGCAGUAGGAAAACUCCCUUCUGUGAAGGGGAAGCAGACUGGGCUGUACAGAAACAGCGGGACUGGCUCAAGUACCCAUGGUUUGCUUAGGGCCCAGGAACAGGCCAAGUGUUUAAUUUAUUGACAGGAGUGGAGUAGGUGCCCCCCUCCCCCCAACAAGAAUAAAGUUUAUUAAAUUAACUGGUUUUGAUGAA